AACUUGAGAUUCAUGAAGGCCUGGGACUCCACAUUUCGCAAGAAUCAAGCCACGACAAAGAAGCGAGGCAACAGCAUUUUCGGGACAACGUUGGUAGCACAUGUUGAUGACGAGGAGGAGGACGACGAGGAUGAAACAACAACUUGUCAUUCAAACGAAACAUGCGAAGUAGACACAGUUUUCUCCAACGGUGAUCACUACACAGGGCAGUGGUUUGAGCAUUGUCCACACGGACAUGGAAAGUACUCGUGGUCGGAUGGGUAUACCUACAUAGGAGAGUGGUUUAGAGGCAAAAUUGUUGGUAAAGGUAAAUUCAGCUGGCCAUGUGGGGCCACCUAUGAAGGUGAAUUCAAAAGCAACGGUUAUAUGGAUGGAAAAGGUGUGUUGUAUACAGGGGGUAAUACAUAUAAGGGUGUUUGGGUAAUGAACUUGAAGCAAGGUCAUGGGGUUGAGGAUUAUGGGAAUGGUGAUUGUUUUGAUGGGGAAUGGUGUAAUGGUUUACCAGAAGGGAAUGGAAAGUAUGAAUGGAAGAAUGGGAAUCAUUAUGUGGGUGAAUGGAAGAAUGGAGUGAUUUGUGGGAAUGGGAAAUUGUGUUGGAACAAUGGGAAUGUGUAUGAUGGGUGUUGGGAAGAUGGUUUACCUAAAGGGAAUGGAAUAUUCAGAUGGUCUGAUGGGAGUUUUUAUGAGGGUAAUUGGAGUAAAGAUCCAAAUGACCGAAAUGGGACUUGUUACCCAUCAGAGGCAAAUCUUGAAUGGGAUCCUCAACAGGUGUUUGACAAUGAUCUGAGUGAGUGUAAAGUGUGUCCUUGUGACAAUAUCUCGUUAUUUCCGUCAGAAAAGAAGCUUCCAGUUUGGAGAUCAUCAUCAUCCAAUGGUGCUGCUGUUGUCGAUGAUUCCGGUGAUAGGAACCCGGUGUCAGGAACAGAUUCGGAUGUGAGUGCAAGAGGGAGUCCAAUUAAGAUACCCAAGGUGGGGAAGAGACAAGGAGAGACAAUAUGUAAAGGGCAUAAGAAUUAUGAGUUAAUGCUCAAUUUACAGCUGGGAAUCAGGCAUUCUGUUGGAAGACCCGGUCCAACUCCAUCGCUGACUCUCAAGUCUUCAGCUUUUGACCCAAAGGAAAAAGUAUGGACAAGAUUUCCUCCGGAGGGAUCCAAACGCACUCCACCCCACCAAUCCUGUGAAUUUAAAUGGAAAGAUUAUUGCCCAUUAGUAUUCAGGACUCUAAGGAUGUUGUUCAAGGUGGAUGCAGCUGACUACAUGCUAUCUAUUUGCGGGAAUGAUGCACUUCGGGAACUCUCUUCUCCGGGGAAAAGUGGAAGCUUCUUUUACUUGACCAAUGACGACCGUUACAUGAUAAAGACAAUGAAGAAAUCAGAAGUAAAAGUGCUUUUAAAGAUGCUUUCAGCCUAUUAUAACCAUGUUCGAUCUUUUGAGAACACUCUAGUGACCAAAUUUUAUGGUCUGCACUGUGUGAAGUUACAUGGACCUGCCCACAAGAAGGUGCGCUUCAUCAUCAUGGGGAAUCUUUUUUGUACCAACACUACCAUUCAUAGACGAUUUGACUUAAAAGGGUCUUCCCUUGGGCGCAUGACGAAUAAGCCAGAAGCAGAUAUUGAUGCUACCACCAUUCUAAAAGACCUUGAUCUCAACUUCAUUUUCCGACUUCAAAAGCCUUGGUUUCAAGAGUUCCAAAGGCAAAUUGAUAAGGACUGUGAGUUUCUCGAACAGGAAAGAAUCAUGGACUAUAGCCUUUUGAUCGGUAUUCACUUUAGAGAGACAACAGAUGCUGGGGAUCUUAUUCCAUCCGGUUAUUGCUCAUCCUCCAUUGUGUCCCCCUUUUUUUCUGCAGAAAAUGGUGAUCCUGAUACUGAAUCAGUUCCCCAUCUUUCCAGAGCAGAUACGGAUCAGCUUCUUGUAGAACCGGCAGGAUGGACCAGUGUUAGUUUGGGCGUGAACAUGCCAGCCCGAGUUGAAAGGACUAAAAGAAAGACUGAUUGCGAAUUUCAGCUGGUAGGAGAACCAACCGGGGAGCAUUAUGAUGUAGUGAUGUUCUUCGGUAUCAUAGACAUUCUUCAAGAUUACGACAUUACCAAGAAGCUUGAGCAUGCAUACAAGUCCAUCCAGUAUGACCCAAACUCAAUAUCUGCUGUUGAUCCAAAACUAUAUUCAAGGCGCUUUCGCGAUUUUGUAUUGAAAAUUUUUGCUGACGACACUUGAAUUGAUGACAGCUGAAGCUGCCAGAGAAGCUUGUUCUGUACAUUAAUUAACAGAUCUGGUUGGAGGCUCGUAUUGGAUUCAUCUU